GCUUUAGUUCGACGACGAUGAUGACCUUCUUUUGCACGCUGCACGGGACAGCAUCAGUAAGGUACAUGACGAGGUUGGAAUCACACCAGAAGAAGCCUCACGAGCUUAGCUGAACAGGCUGUUGUGUGGGCCUUGAUGUCCGUUCGGGGUGCGCUGAAUACUUUCUCAACGCAAGAUUGUCACUGUUGAUCUGCCUUCAUGUAAGUUAGCACUUUUCAAAGGCUACAGUAACGGAGAUAUAGUAAAAGCUAUAUACCAGGUUGAAGCCCACAGAGUCGCAUUUAAUUCCGUCGUCAUCCAGUAUAGAUGGAUCGCAAUAAAUCGAAGAAAGAAAGGAAGAACCGGGGAAGAGGCACCGAGGAUACGACCGCUUCGUCAGGAACCGAACCAUCGACGACAAGGCCGUCCGAGUUGCGUUCCCCCACGGAGUCUGUUAGAUUCCCCAAACGUUCAAGGCGUCCGACUGUCACGGCAUCGCCGGAGGCACUAAGUACACCCCGCAUUCGAGUCGAUUCCACGGCGGGUGAUCUGGAUCCGGAUCGGCAGGCCUCCGUAACCAUUACGACACCAGAACAACAAGUGCAGGACAUCGCCCCGGUGCACAAAAGACUUGUGUCUUCGCGCGAUCUACAACGUACGGUUUCGACGGAGACUUGCUUGGACGUGCAGGAGCGGGAACAAGAUCGCGGAAAGCCACCGCAGGGCAACGAAGCAGUUCUACCGAGGAAAACCAUGUUCGAAGAUACCGGUGAACGACCACGGAAUGCUUCUAGAACGCGGGACGGCAGUCAAGGUUCAUUACAAGCCAAAGAGAAGAACGAUGAAGGUAUCUCCUCAUUGAAGUACGCUCCGCAAUGGGCAGUUCAGAAGGGCCAACCGAAUUCGGGAAAGGAGGCCCAAGCAACUGAGGGUGGCACAACAGCUGGCGAAAAUUCAGGGCAGCUUAAUGAAGACUACGGAGCGCCGUCAGCGAUCGUAACGCUCCCUACCGAAGACACACGGCCACUGCAGUUGCUACGUGGUGCUACAGAAUUCGGGAACCAAAGCGGGAUACCGGGCCCGUCGCAAGACUGGGAAGGCAAGAGAAAGGUAACCCUGCUUGUAAUCGCUCCGCUCAUAGGCAUUGGCAUAACUGUGCUUUUCAUAAUGGCGUCGAAACAUUUCUUCUACUCCAACGAACAUAUCGAAGUGCACGUUCCGGAUUAUGGGACUGUCCGAGGAGUAGCCUUCACCGUAGAAGAAAGAUCAGUGUUUGCGUUUUCUGGAGUUAGCUUCGCAGACUCCACAGCAGGAGAGCACAGGUUUAGAGCGCCCGUUCCAACUGGACGUUUCACCAAGGUCAUUGACGCUACGGUACGGAAACCAGGCUGUUCCCAGAUACCCCCAGUCCUCUUCAGUCUCCGAAGUGACCUUCAGGGCAAGUCUUCUGAGGACUGUCUGCAUCUGAAUAUCUGGACGCCGUGCACGUCUGUAUCAAAGAAAGGCUGCAGGAAAACUGUCGUAGUAUUUCUCUUCGGCAUCGAAUUUCAGAUUGGAGACAACAACCGAUACGACGGCCGCUAUUUCUCUGCGCUCGGCGACGUGGUCUUGGUGGUUCCAAAUUUUCGAAUGGGGGCCUUCGGAUUUCUCAAUUUUGAUGCUCCGACAUUUCCAGGAAACCUUCCGCUCCGCGACCAGCAACUCGCCAUACAGUGGAUCCUCAACCAUAUCGAACAGUUCGGCGGCGAUAGGAACAACGUCGUGCUCAUGGGAAGUGCCGCCGGAGCCUGGUCUGUAGGCGCCCAUUUUCUCAGCAGCAACCCAUACUGGAGGAAGCACUUCUCCCGAAUAAUACUUCAGAGCGAGUCACCUUUCCGAAGGUACUUCGACCACAACGCCACCAUGAUCGCAGACCGGCUCGGCUGUCCGGUAACGCCAACAACGGAUCUAAUCCAGUGCCUGCAGAAUGUUCCAGCACAAAACCUCGUGGAUCUCGGCCGUUCUUUCAAACUUUAUUUCGGACCAUCUUACGGCACCGUUCCUCUGCUGGAACCCCCUUGGAUACUGGCGAGAACGACCGACAUCAACAAAAAGGACGUCCUCAUCGGCAGCACGUCCAGCGAAGCUUGCGUACUCCUAGCCACCAUAUCAGUGGAAGUUGGUCAGGGCACAGAAUCUGUCAGGAACGCCGUCAACAUGAUCUUCGACGCGUACAAGAUCGACAGGGCGGACGAAGGUGGCAAGCUGCUGAGCCGUUACGGUAGGGACGGCACAAACAUGUCGUGGGUCUACGACAUGGUGGCGGACAUGAUAUACGACUGCCCCGUCUUGAGCUUCGCCCAGUAUCUUGCCUCACGUGGCAACCACGUACGGACGUAUGUCUUUGACCACAAGGCGACCUUCUCCACCUUCAACACAUGCAUCGGGGCACCAAGGUUUCAGGAACUCGACUUCGUUUUUGGGACCCCGAUACACAACGCCUCCCUGGACGGGACCGCGGCGGAAGUGAUCCUCAGCCGGAAGAUGAUCGAAAUGUGGGCGGGCUUUGCCAAGACAGGGAGUCUCCCUAACAUCCGGCAGGAUCCCUGGCCGUAUUUCACUGUUGCCGAGCAGCAGCAUGUCCGAAUAACCACAGGGCCGCUCGAGAUCAUUUCGGAUUAUAAGAAGCACACCUGCAAAACCAUGAGCGAUGUCAUGGAAGAGCUGAAUUCGUGGCAAACACACCAAUGAAUCGGAUCCAAUAAAGGCGCAUCAUAAUGUACGGGCGCACUAGAAAUCUCCCCUUCUCCA